CAGCACCGUAGAUCAGACCUGCAGGACUACCAGGACAUCACAGAAGAUUUAAUGAAUUAUUAACAAUGGAUUUGUGAGCGUAUUCAUCCAGGCUACCCAUCUUGCCAGAUCUUCCCCAUCUGCAUCCUGUGUGAGUCAGAGGUUGCGGCGUUGUCGUUCCUCUGAGCUGACACCCCCACCGAGGCGACUAAUAUCUACAGCCGUAAAAAAAAACCUAGAAGAACCAGAUGGCGAAGGCGCUGUAUGAUAACAUGCCCGAGUCACCGGAGGAGCUGGCCUUCCGGAAAGGUGACAUCCUGACCGUGAUCGAGCAAAACACCGGGGGGCUGGAGGGCUGGUGGCUCUGCUCUCUGCAUGGGCGCCAGGGCAUCGCCCCAGGGAACCGCCUCAAGCUCCUCAUUACGCCGCCGUUCGAGGGCACUGCAGCAUCCACACCCUCACCCUCACCAAGCCUGUCCCAGCAGCAGCAGGGGCCUCGGACCCCCCAGGGCAUGUACCCGCCCUCCCAGGGCUGCCAAGGGCAGGGCAUCUACCAGGUCCCACCCUGCCAGGAUGUGUACCAGGUCCCACAAAGGAGCGCACUGGCAGUUGACAAAAUGCCAGGCAAGGUGACGACCCCAAAACGAGUUGGACAGACGUACACUUAUAGCCCUGCACCCAGCAGCUCCCAAGACCUGUACGAUGUGCCUCCCAUCCGGUCUCAGGGGGUGUAUGACAUUCCAGCUGCGAAAAAGAAAGGGAAGCAUGGGAGUCCUCGAACCCAGGGUCUUUAUGACGUUCCUCCGACUCAGGACACGAGGAGUCACGGAGUGUAUGAUGUCCCACCGCCACCAUCACAAGGGGUUUAUUCUGUACCACCUUGUAAAAGCAACACCGAUCAAGACGAGGGCAAUUAUGACUUUCCCCAGCCUCACAAAAAGAAGCCAGAGGGUGUAUACGACGUUCCACCAAUGUCCCUGUCCAAAUCCUGCCAGUCCAACUAUGACUUCCCCCCAGGUACCUGCAGCGGUUCCGUCUAUGACAUCCCUGCAAGCCAGCUUAACUCCGGAGCGUCCCAAGAUUUAUACGACGUCCCACGUGGGAUUCAGCAGCAAACACAGUCCAGGGAACGCGAUCGCAACAAGUGUGUCUACGAUGUCCCGCCGCCCGACUCUCGUCUGCUGCCCGAUGUGACAGAAGGCAUGAACCGCUUAUCGUUCUCUAGCACUGGGAGUAGCAUGUCCACUUCUUCGUCUUCAGCAGGCUCUCCAGCAGAAGGACGUCUCCUGCUGGACCUCGAUUCUGCCUUACAGAAGCUCAGUCACUUGCAGCAGGGCCUGGAGUCAGCCCUGAACUCGCUUCAGACUCUGGCAUCCACGUCCAACUGGAGAACUUAUAGUUUCAUGGAGCGCUAUGCUGAUGAAGUCCGCUGCACUAUGGAACGAGUUCGCGGCUCUCUUGCUGAAUUCCUUGCUUUUGGUAAAGGUGCUGCAGCGAACGCGACCACGCUGUCGGACCCAGCACUGCACUCCAAACUUAGGAAGCAGUUGCAGAGACUGGAGGACUCACAGCAGAUCCUGCAGCAGAUCCUGGAAAAUACCAGCUGGGCACUCGCGACUGGCAAGCAGCAGGGUAAAGGUGACGAACUGGACCGCUUUGUUAUGGUGGCACACACUCUUCCUGAUGAUGCCAAGCAGUUGGUGUCCACAGUAGGGGGCAAUGCAGAGCUACUGUUCCGCAGGGCACCAAUAGAGGGUGUAGUUCACCCUUUUACCUGCAACACGAUAGAAGAGGAGAGCUACAGCUGCCAGACUAAACCGUUCCCCGUGGUUCAAGAGAGUGAACUGUGUGUGAAAAGCUGGAUGGAGGAUUAUGAUUACGUCCAUUUGCAGGGCAAAGAAGAAUUUGAGCGUCAGCAGAAGGAGCUCUUAGAAAAGGAGAACAUUAUGAACCAGAGCAAGGUCAAACUGGGACAGGAACAGAUGAAUCAGUUUAAGCAGCUGGAGCAGGAGGUGAUCAAACCUGUAGACAACGACAUCACACGCUGGAUAUCGCACCAACACUCGACCGGCUCGUCCUCCCCGUCGUCCUCCUCCACUUGCUCCGCCGGAAGCGGCGCUCAGGUGUGUGGACGCGACCGACAGCUUCUGGCUUUCUACGGAGAGCAGUGUGAGCAGCACUUUGUGACUCUCCUGAAUGCCGUGGACGCGUUCUUCAGCUGUGUGGCGGCCGGCCAGCCCCCGCGGAUCUUUGUAGCUCAUGCCAAGUUCGUCAUCCUCAGCGCUCAUAAGCUUGUGUUUAUCGGAGACACUCUGUCGCGGCAGGCCAUAGCGCCUGAAGUGGCCAACAGGGUGAUGGACUCGAGCAACGUUCUGUGCGAGCUGCUAAAGACAGUGGUGGGCGCUACCAAGGUGGCGGCGCUGCAUUACCCCAACACGCCAGCGGUGCAGGAGAUGGUGGACCGAGUCACGGACCUCUCGCAUCACGCACAGCAGUUUAAAGUGCAGCUCGUACACAUGGCGACGUUGUGAUCCGUCCUGUUUGUGUGUGUGUGUGUGUGUUGUAACACAGACUGGUGUUGUAUAAUUUAGUAUUGUGUAUUGUAUGUCUUACGCACAGUGACGACCGCUGGCUUUGUACAUAACGGUUCCAGUAUCCUGUGUAAAUAUUCAGCUCUAUUUUGUUUAGAUUGUUUUAUAUAAGAAGAACAGUAUAAGUAUAUAUAUAUAUAUAUAUAUAUAUAUAUAUAUAUAUAUAUAUGAGUAUAAAGCUGCUUUCUAAAGCUGUAAUAAUAACUCAGUUUGCUUUAUUUUUUUAAUGAGCACCUUAUACAUUUGCUCUUAUGACCGGUAGAUUAAAGCUCGCAGCUGCUACUGGAAAAGAAAUCCUUCACAGUUGAUGAAACUUGCUGCAUUUUGUUUAAGUGUGAAAGUAAAGGCUCGUUUAUCA